CAAUCCAGACGCGACCCAGACAGACCUCGGCCCGGGGGCCCAGCCGUGAGAGCUGCAUCCUCAUUGGCUGAGCGCCGCAGUUCUUUUGAGACUCGAGCCCUGAUUGGUUGGAGCCCGACGAGACGCUCACGCGCACAAUGUCUACCCGCUUUUGUUGUUGUGCCGAGCGCGAGGAGAGAGGCUUCGGGGAGCGGGCAGGAUGCGCGGACGGAGACAGCGAGCCUGAUAGUCCCGUAUCGACUCCGAUAGGCUCAUAUUAGAUGCUGGAGGGGGAAGGGGACACGGAUUUCUACCACUCCGUCCUUGUCCAGAAGCCCGUCUUUUGAUAUUGUCUAAUAAUCCGACAGAUGUCAGCAGGAUGUCGGUGAAUCCUCCCAACAGUAAUGACGCCUGCCUCAGUAUCGUGCACAGUCUCAUGUGCCACAGGCAGGGUGGCGAGAACGAGGGCUUCGCAAAGCGUGCCAUUGAGAGCCUGGUGAAGAAACUCAAGGAGAAGAAGGACGAGCUGGACUCUCUCAUCACUGCCAUCACCACCAAUGGAGUGCACCCUAGCAAGUGCGUGACCAUCCAGAGGACACUGGACGGACGCCUACAGGUUGCGGGUCGUAAAGGUUUUCCUCAUGUAAUCUACGCCCGGUUGUGGCGCUGGCCAGAUCUUCACAAGAAUGAGCUAAAACAUGUGAAAUUCUGCCAGUACGCAUUUGACCUCAAAUAUGAUAACGUUUGUGUCAACCCGUACCAUUACGAGAGAGUGGUGUCACAGGGCAUCGUUGGUCUCAGUCUUCAAAACACAGAUUUGUCCUGUGGCUGGUGUCUAGGUCCCUCUGGCAGGCUGAUAAAGGAAGAGUACAGCCAUGACUGCAUUCAGAUGGAUGUUCCGCCAGUCCUGCCUCCCCAGCAGGAUCAUCAGGGGGUGAUGAAGCUCCCUCCACCAGACCACUACGGCCAACCACUGCCACCGAUACAACUGCCUUCAGAACCCACCCGUGCACCCCCACCAGUCACCCUUUACUCCAAUAUGCCAAUAUCCCCCACCGCUUCAGGCUCUAUGAUGCCAAUGCAGGGAGGUCAUGUUGAAGGCCUUCUACAGAUUGCAUCUCCUCAGGUUCAGGUCAUAACCCCUACCCCUCCACCCUCCACCCCCACACAUGGACCCCCACAGACCCCUGUCCCACCCCAGCCUCCACCCAACCAGAAUGGCUACAAUAGCUCCAAACACUUGCAGACCUCCUCCUUUCACACAACGUGGACAGGCAGCAGUACAGCCUCCUACACUCCUUUAGGACCUCAGCAGAAUGGCCGUGGCCACCAGCCCCCUCUUCAUCACCCCCACUUUUGGUCUCAGCAUCACAGUUCAGCGUCUUUCCCCCCUCCAGUCUCCAACCAUCCAGGUCCUGAAUUCUGGUGUUCCAUCUCAUACUUUGAGAUGGAUGUGCAGGUGGGGGAGAUGUUUAAAGUGCUGUCCAGCUGUCCGGUCGUGACGAUUGACGGGUAUGUGGACCCCUCAGGAGGUGACCGCUUCUGCCUGGGUCAGCUUAGUAAUGUGCACCGCACAGACGCCAGUGAGCGGGCCAGGUUGCACAUAGGUAAAGGCGUGCAGCUGGAGUGUCGUGGAGAAGGAGACGUCUGGAUGCGCUGCAUGAGCGAUCAUGCCGUCUUUGUGCAGAGUUACUACCUGGACAGAGAGGCGGGCAGAGCGCCAGGAGACGCUGUACACAAAAUCUACCCAGGAGCCUACAUUAAGGUGUUUGACCUCAGGCAGUGUCACAGGCAGAUGCAGCAGCAGGCGGCCACAGCGCAGGCAGCAGCAGCAGCGCAGGCGGCUGCAGUGGCAGGAAAUAUUCCAGGACCGGGAAGUGUUGGUGGAAUCGCCCCUGCAGUCAGUCUCUCAGCGGCAGCCGGUAUUGGUGUGGAUGACCUUAGGAGGCUGUGUAUUCUGCGUCUGAGCUUUGUAAAGGGCUGGGGGCCUGACUACCCUCGCCAGAGUAUCAAACACACGCCCUGCUGGGUGGAGGUCCAUUUGCACCGUGCGCUGCAGCUGCUGGAUGAGGUGCUGCACACUAUGCCUCUAGCAGACCCUGGACCUGCUAACUGAACAAUACACACUCAGUAAACACACACUGUACUCACUACAGUAAGCGUGCAAACCACAUUAUGCGCUAAAAUCGGCAUAUUUGGGUUUGCACUUUUAUCGGUCGUUAGAAUCCCAGUGAAAACACCACAGAAACUCUACAAUUCAUGAUUUUAAAAGAUAUUUCCUCGCAUAUUAUUGUUAUAUAGUGAUAUGAUGAAUUUCUAGAUUUCGGGUGAAUCUCACAAAAACAUGUCUGGGUCAUAGUUCACCCUUAAAUCAAAAUAAAUAUGUUUUGCAUUAAAAUAAUGUGACCCACGUUAUAUUAAGUGUCUUUUAACUACUAUGUACUUUUGAUACAUUUGAUACAAUGUACUUAUUAUGAACAUAUGUGUUGUUGAAUUGUACUUACAUUUAAAGUACCUGCAUUUAACUACAUCAGUAGUAACACUAUUAACCUUACCCCUAAACCUAACCCAACCCUAACCCUAAACCCUAAACUUAACCAUAAACCUACCCAUACCUCAACCUCAGUAGCAGCAAAUGUGAAUAUUGUGAGAACAUGUAGUUACACAAUAAGUACACUAUAUUGUAUGUAUUUUAAUGUUAGUACAUAGUAGUUAAAGACACCUAAUAUAAAGUGGAACCAAAAAAUGGAACAUAUUUUUAGGACCAUGAAGAUUUAGAUCGUAUUUUCUUGACGAUUAUGCAAAUUUUUCUGCAAAAUUGCCAUUACUGUAAUGAAUCUGGAUGUUUUACUUUUGAGUUUGUUUGUAAUUCUCAUUAUUCUCAGUGGUGAUUUUCAUUAGAUUCUCAAUACAAUGAUACAGUAACUUUAGUGUUUUAUGGUAAAAGAAAUAAAAUUUAUUUAAAUCAGCAUUAAUUGUAAGUACAAAAAAGUCUACAGUAAUGUAUAAAUACCAUGCAAUUAAAAAAUAUAUAUAUCGUACAUUUUUCACAUUACAGUAAUGAGAAUUGGGUGGAAAAUGUGCUUAAUUGUCACCUUAAAAUUCGGCUUCAUUUUCUUCAUGCAAAAUAAAAAUUUUCAUUUGAUUUCUUAUGAUUUAAGGGGGGAAUGUGAUCUGAAAAUUUUUUUUUUGUGAGAUUCACUGUUUCUGAUUAGAUGUAUAUACAGUACCUUAGCACUACAGGUCAACUAAUGAAUGCAAGUUUACACAGGGUUGCAGAUUAAGUUCAGGGAAAUAGCUUUAUUGUUCAUAUGCCUUUCUAGCUUUGCACAUCAUACAGUUAUGCUAAGAGUAUUAGAGCCUAAUAGUUUGCAAUAUUAGUAGAAAAUGCUUACAAUUUGCCCUGUAAAAAAAUUUCUUUAUGGGAUCAGUUUCUGGUCAUAUAAUAAAGCGCAACAAUGACCUCCCACUUUUUUUAGCGGUCUUGGUUCCGGUAGUAUUUUUCCCAUUCUUUUUUUCCAUUGGGAUAUCAUCAAAUCCUUUAUAAAAGAGUUCUAAGUCAUGAAACAAACCAACCAGCUCCAAGGUAAAUCACAGCAUUAUAUUUGAAACAAAAGUAUAUGAAAAUCUGGAAAAAAGACAAAUGUACAAGAUUUAAGAGCAAUGUACAAGAGCAAUGAUCUACAAUUAAGUCCCUGAACUACUGUAAGUAAUUGAUUUAAAGUAUGCAAUACCACACAUUUGCAAAAUAUUCAAACCUUUACAACUUUUAUUUGUUUGAGAGUUAAGUUAUAAUGUUAUUCACAGUGCUUCAUGAAAGGGGUGAUUGGUGGAUCUUUACUCAGCAUUGUGUGUACUGUGAAUACUCACUGGGAAUUCUGUAACUGACACAAUUUAUUAUAAUUUUAUUUUUUAAUCCCCUUUUCUCCCCAAUUUGGUAUGCCCAAUUCCCACUACUUAGUAGGUCCUCGUGGUGGUGCGGUUACUCACCUCAAUCCGGGUGGCGGAGGACAAGUCUCAGUUGCCUCCGCUUCUGAGACAGUCAAUCCACGCGUCUUAUCACGUGGCUCAUUGUGCAUGACACCGCGGAGACUCUGCAUGUGGAGGCUUCACGCUAUUCUCCGUGAUCCACGCACAAUUUACCACGCACCCCAUUGAGAGCAAGAACCACUAAUAGUGACCACGAGGAGGUUACCCCAUGUGACUCUACCCUCCCUAGCAACCGGGCCAAUUUGGUUGCUUAGGAGACCUGGCUGGAGUCACUCAGCAUACCUUGGCUUCAAACUCGUGACUCCAGGGGUGAUAAUUGACACUAUUUUUAAAAGUUUAAGUUAAAAGCGCUCUGACUUGUGGCAGAAUACUUUAAAAAGGUCUGUCUUGAAUGGUUCUCUAUGGAGAAAAAGAAUGGCAUUUUUACUUCUGGAACCCGACUGUUGCGCUUUAUUACUCUCUGGAAUUACAUAAACAAACAAACACACACACACAACACGGUCAAAGACCACUCAUGUUCAGGUGAGGAAGAGACUGUUCAACCUCCACCAAGUUAUAAACGCAGAAAUUUACUCAAAGUCUACGGGUUUGGUAGCACUAAAUGCCUCAGAGCAAACAUAUGUGGCUAUGUUGUCGCUGGUCACUUCAGGAAAUAUUUGAAAGGACCAGUUGAUGUCGACAUUAAACGUUAGUGUUGAAAACUUGCUUCUGAUGGACAAAGCUGUACCGGACCUCUCCUUAAGCUGGUCAGAUGGAUAACAAAACAAACAUUUCAAACAAAAUCCUGAUCUCUGUGCUUGUGCUGUGCUCCUCUAAAUGUGUACCUGAACUCAGCUAUCGUAAAUGCGGCUUACUAUCAAGGAAUCUUAUUAGUUGCAAUAGCCUUCCAGCUCCUUUAUUUUCAUACCAAAAAAGAAAGAAAAGAAAAACAAGCCUGAAUUGUUCAGCUUUAAAAUGGUGGUAUUAGUAUUUUGUGAUGAUGCAAUUCGGUGUUUGCAACCAAAUCAUUUGCCAUGUGGUGUAACUUCACCAAAGCCAGAAUACCUCAUGAUAACAAGCAUGAACCCAGUGGAUUUUUCUUUAUGUGUCUGGAAUCUUCUGUUUUCUGGACCGCAUGUUCACCUCAUACUUUAACCAAAUCAAAAGGGGGCGUGUCUUGAAGAUGACCGAAUGUAGAUGCACCAACUUGGCUGAUUUCAAACAACGGGUUUUUUGCCAACACCAGUUACUCAGCUUUACUGUUUAUUGAUAUCUUGCCCCGUAACUCAUUUUCUAAUAGUUUUGGACACAUUUUUCGAGCUUUUACGAAUCCGUGUCUGGAUUGUGACCAAAAUUCAGUCAUCCAGCCCCAUACUAAUAAAAACUUUUGCAAACGGGUAAAACAUUUAAACAUUGUUUUGCUACUUUCCCAAGUUACAGAACAUUAUGCAUUUACUGAAAGACCCUUGAUAUUAGUUUAUGUCAAAUGUACAGCCAAUACAAAAGCAAAUAUAUAUAUAAUACAAUAGUAACAGUGGAACCUCAAUAUAGUAUGUUCAGCUUGGUCUCUUGAAAAUUACGUGACUGGCAACAUGUUUGCAAAACGAAAUGAUGUGCUUCAUUACAUGUUUUGCUGCAGUUUCCCAGUAAAAUGUCCAGUGGGGGGCAUCAAAAAUGAGUUAAAUGGUGUUGUAAUCAGACAAGGUUUUUAAGGUGAAUAUUAAUCAGGGGGUUUUAAUGAGUAAAACGUACCUCCCUAACCUAGAACUUUAACCUAAACCUAACCAAUCGUGUUCUUAAAGCAAAUGAGAGGGAAACAAAACAGGCAUCCUUAAACCAACACCUGCAACAAUUCAACAAAAUGAAGAGAAAAGCCAUACAUUAGGUGUGUAGUUAAUGCUUUAUCUACCUGUUGUAUCAUUCUAGUGCGGCCACAUAUAAUUAUGGGUAAUGUUUUGUUGCAAAUGCUUGUUGCUGCAUUAACCAGCUAACUGAGUCUCAUUAUUUGGCAAGUUUUAUCGUUAUUCUUCAUUAAGAGUACAAAAAAUGCAUACAAACUAAACCGCACAGUCAAAAUCCUCAAGUAAAACUGAACUAUUAUCAAUAACAAUUUGUUUCCGCAAUUAUUCUUAAAUUGACACAAAGACUCAAAGAAAAUCCAGAGUUUCCCACUCGUAAUUACAACUUUGUGGUGCUGUUCAUGUGCGCUUCACUUGUAAAUAUGAUCAUUCUGACAUGACUUGAACUCACCAUAUGACAGUUUCAUCUCACGAGUCACCUUGCGUGCUUUACUGGUCUCGACCCGUGGUCUUCUGAGUCCAAAGUCCAACACUCAUGAAUCCGCAUUUCCACUAUUGGGCCAAAUGAGGGCAUGCUAGUGCGUGCCAAGGCCAGUUGUGUUCACACUGUCACUUCCAGGGCUUCAUCAUGCCGCCUCAGGCUUUCUCGAGGCCAAUGGUGUCUGGCCCAACGAUUACCCUUGGGCCAAACAAGGCCAACAGGGAAGUGAGGCGGGGUCAAUGUCAAAGGUGGAGUUUCGCCGAACUUGUCAGGUUGUGUAUCCAGCGCAUAAUGGAAGAGGUUCAGGAACAAUGUAAAAACUGCAGGUACAGUACAAAUCUGUUAAAAUGCUCAAUGGACAAAGCGGUGCCCAAAGAAAGAACUUUCCAUGGUUCGAGAUCAUGGACAGUGUGCUGGGACACUGUUAGUGGAGAGACCACUCGGGACACCAUGGCAGUUACAGCUGGUGAGUUGUCAACGCUAACUUGUCUUGCAAGCUAAUGUUUACAAACGAUAUAAACUUGAUAUUCUAGAUAAAUAGAUAACAUGAUACCUCAGCUUGAGCUUCCCACUUUCUUGUGAAAUGGGUGGGGUGUGUGACGUUGGCACCAGGGCGGCGGGUUUUAGGGCGAUGUUGGGAACGCAGAUAGAUUUUGGUCACACGGCUUGAAGUCUGAGGCUAUUGGCCCCUGCUGACCAGUUUAUAACCCUGGCUCGCACAGGCCCGAUAGUAAAAAAAAAAAAAGAAAACGGCUAAUCAGGUGGGAAAGCUAAUCACAUUGAAAUACUCUGCGUAUAUGUUGAUGGGUCAGUAAUACAAGCGUUAAAAUGUAUCUUUUUUCAAAUAAUGCAUUAGAGUAAAAGUGUUUCGAUAUGAUAACAUAGUGUGUGAGUGAUAGAGCAAAAAAAAAAAAAAAAAAAAAUAUAUAUAUAUAUAUAUAUAUAUAUAUAUAUAUAUUUGUGUUUAUAAAGUCAUAAUCAGCCAUUGUACUCGUGAUUUGUAUGAAAGUAAAUAAAAUGCUUGUAGCCCCUCUAGUGUUAAUUUCACUAGGAAACUGCGGCAAAACGUAGAAAGUGGCACGUAAAAGUCAGUUUGCAAAAAAGUUCUUAUAGUAACGUUCAUUCUAUGAGACUAGGUUUUGUAUGUUAAUGUCAACAUGAAAUCAAAAUGGACCCUAUUUACUUUCUAAAUGGAUUUUAUUUUCCUGGUCUUAUUGUGUGCUAUUUAUCAGUGCAAACUAGUGCUGCACAAUGAAUCGAAUAAAUAAUCACAGACAAGUCUGUUGCUCUCUUCUGUGUUAAAUAUUCAAAAUUUGAAAAACAGCUUUGUAUUUAUGCUUCUAAGAGGACUAAUGUGAAGUCUUGAUUUAUUGAUGUUCAAAACAGCACUAAAGUGGAUGUGAAGCCGACAUUUAAAAAAUGGCAUGUAGUUGAUUCACCCAAAAUAGUAUUUUUAUGUAAUGUACGUUCUAUUAUUCAAAAAAUAUUGCAAUUACAAUAUAAAGGGAAAUAAUCAAUAAUAAUUUUUUUUUUUUUUUUUUUUUUUUUUUUUGUCAUAAUCGUGCAGCCCUAGUGCAAAUUACUUCAAAAAGUUUAUUUUCGUAAUCUUUCAUUAAAAUGUAAUUACUUGCUUUGCUUCUCCAACAACUUUCCUUUUCGAAUGUUCCUAAAGUUUCACGAAGCCCGUAUGGGCAGGAAAAAUAAUGUUAACAAUAGCCAAAUAGAUAUUUUGGCUUGCCAAUAGAAAUUGAAUGGCAGUUAACAUGAAAAACAUUAAAGAGUUUCAGCAAUAAUAGCAAAUAACGAUACAUUUAUGGAUAUCCAUCGAUCACAGUGGAUAAAAUCAAGUCCUGUUCUACAUGUUUUUCUUGUUGAAUAUCCUGUUUCACUCAGAAAUGUAAUCAGGUUUUGAAAGUAAAAUGGGUUGCAAAUGCUGUUUCAUGUUGACUUCAAUUACACAUCCUCACUAAUUUUAGUGUUGGCGAGUAUUAGCUUUGAUAAUUCACAACUUUAAUAGAAGGUUGUAUGAUGUUCUGUGUUUCCAGUAUUGUUGCCACAGUAAUAAUCUUUGUGCCUUUCCCUUUGUGCUCAUUUGUUUAUAGAUAAAUCUCUUAAUUAUAAAAUGCCUUCUCAAUUAUUUUCUCAUUUUGAUUAUAAACAUUACAUACCAUCUAUAGGUUUGAAAGGAUUAACUACAGUUUUAAGCAAUGCAGCAUGUCAGGGAUGUUUUAGUCUUCUUGCAGGCAUGGAGUGUUUUCAGGUUUAAUUUUGACUCUAUAUGACCAUUUGUGAAUUGGGCGAUUAAAAGGAUGCAAACUUCUGCAGGGUAGUUCACAUUGGCUCAGGUCACGUUAAAGUUUAUGACCCCUUAGGUAAAUUUAUUAUAAAGCAUAAUGCCUUGUUUUUUUGUCUAACAUUAAAAACACUUUGAAUUUCGAUGUCAGGCACAGUAUACUCAUUGUUUUGAUGAGUGCCUUUGUGCUGUAUUUCAUUAGAAAUGUGAUACAUACAGUUGACAAACUGCAGUUUAAAUGCAAAUUACAAUAAACAGCUGAUUUUAAAAACAGAUUGCAAAGGCACUUUGCAAUGUAAGCUUAAAUUGAUCAAAGGAUACAUCCUUGAGGUAAUUUUGGGUGAAAUAUAUUGACCAAGCUCUGGUGUUACACAUCUAAUACACACCUUGAUGGUGUAAAAACGUAUUUGUUGUAAUAAAAUCUGAAAAACCUUUAUUCUAAAAUAAUAAAAAGCAACUUCAAAGCAUUGCUUGCUUAGCAUUACAGGUAUGAUUCUAGACAUUGUGUUGGUUUAAACCGUAUGCCAGUGAUAUAACAUGAUCCUCAGUCAUUGUAAAGUUUAUUUUGCCUUAAAUGCUGAAAAAUUAUGAUUGACCCCAAUUGUCACAAGUACAUUCACUAUUACCAUUGUAAAGUACUUUAACUUUACUUACCUCUCAACCUACUCUGUUCUUCACUGUAAUUUAGUUUUUCUUUCACUGUAUCUAAGUUAUUAUUAUUAUUUUUAUAUAUGACUGGACCCCUUGCAACACUUUAACUUAUAGAACGUGUGUGUUUUCACUGAUGGACAUACUGUAUUGUGUAAAGUUACAAUGAAAGCCAACAUUUCUGUCAGUAACACAAUCACCCAACUGGAAGUCAAAUCAACAGCAUUCCAUAUACUAAGCCUAUUUCUUACAAGUAAUUAUCAGUACGUUAUCCAGUGUGAAUAUAUUUGAAUUGACUAUUUUAUUGAUAUUGUCAUUUCAAUUCUUGUUGUUAUUAUAAUUAUUCUAUUGUUAAAGGACGUUCUGCUCCUGUAUGUUGACUGUACACCAAAGUAAAAAAAAAUAAUAAUAAUUUUGAUAGAGAAA